AUGGCAGACCGUCUCCCCACGUCGUCGUCAGGGCGGAAGCGCCGCGGCGAAGGCGAUUCGGUGGGGGACUUCUGGAUCGAUGCCGAGAUCGGCAAGGGUAGCUUUGCUACGGUGUAUAGAGGCUACCACAAGACCUCAAAAGCAUUAGUUGCCAUCAAGUCCGUCGAGCUCAGCCGCUUGAACGCCAAGCUCAGGGAGAACUUGUAUGGCGAGAUUCAAAUCCUCAAAACACUGAGGCACCCUCACAUUGUCGCCCUCCACGACUGCAUCGAGUCCUCGACACACAUCAACCUCGCCAUGGAGUACUGCGAGCUUGGCGACCUAUCAAUAUUCAUCAAGAAACGUGACAAGCUGGGCACCAAUCCUGCGACCCACGACAUGGCACGGAAGUACCCUUCCACGCCGAACUCAGGUCUCCACGAAGUCGUGACUCGACACUUUCUUCAACAAUUGGGCAGUGCCCUCAAAUUCUUGCGAGAGAAGAACUAUGUUCAUCGGGACGUGAAGCCCCAGAACCUGCUUCUUCUCCCAUCACCACAGUACCGGGACACGGUCCCAAAGCACAUUUUGUCCGCGAGCCGAGAUUCCAUGAUUCCUAAUGCAGGACUGGCGUCGCUGCCGAUGCUGAAACUCGCAGACUUCGGUUUCGCCCGUGUCCUCCCGUCGACAUCCCUCGCUGACACCCUCUGCGGCUCACCGUUGUACAUGGCGCCUGAAAUCCUCCGCUAUGAGCGCUACGAUGCCAAGGCCGAUCUCUGGUCGGUCGGAACGGUGCUCUACGAGAUGAUCACUGGCCGGCCCCCGUUCCGUGCCAGGAAUCACGUUGAACUACUGAGGAAGAUUGAGGCCGCUGAAGACAAGAUCAAAUACCCCAAGGAUGCCACUGUGAGCAGAGAUCUGGUGAAGCUCAUCAGUAAGCUGCUCACUCGUAACCCCGUUGAGCGAAUCAGGUUCGAAGAUUUCUUCGCCGACCCUAUCGUGGCCGGUGCCAUUCCCGGCGUUGUUGAAGAUGAUAUUCCGAAACCGCCUCAGGAGCAAAGAAACUCUAUCGAAGCCCGUGCGAGCACCAAGCCUGAGAGCAUGCCCCUGUCACGACAAGCAUCCCUGAGGCGCCACGCUGAGGAGACUGGUCUGUCCCGCUCACCCCGUGCAGGCCUCUCAGCAUCUCCGCAAACCGAGCCGUCGGGGUUGCCACGGGUAUCCCGCCCGUCUGGCGAGCGCCUUAGCAGCUCGCCCGGCCAAGACAGUGGUCAAGGUCUCGGUAUCCGCCGGCCACCUCCACCGCAACCAUCAACCUCCGCACCCGCCAGGCCUCACAGGCCAUCAAAUGCAUCUUAUACCCGCCCAUCAGCUCGCGGCACCCCGUCGCCCACAUCGUCAUCCUUCGACAACGCUCACCGAGGCAAACUUCGACCUGUGACUGAGCGCAGCAUGACGGAAUCGGACAGAGCGGCGCAGGAUGUCGCCUUUGAACGUGACUAUGUCUUGGUGGAGAAGAAACAUGUUGAGGUGAAUGCUUUCGCAGACGAAAUGGCAGCCAACCCUCGACUCAACUUCUCGCCAAAAUCUGGCCAGCAGAUAGUCCGCCGCGCUACCCAGCAGGGCGCACCCACAUCAACGACGGGCGCCGUUCGGGCGCAGACAUCGCAAGCUGUCCAGAUCGCGCAGGGCCGGGAGUUUCCCACUCAUGAACGCCGUGGCUCCUACGAAAAGAGUUUUUCUGGUAGCCCCGGAUCCGCUACGCCGAGCUUUAUUACAAAGGCCAUUCAGGAUGCCAGUGUGCGCCUAUUUGGGUUCAAAGUGCCACAUCACGUUCUGGGCAAGGGGCAGUCGCCACCACAAAUCUACAGCGCUUUUCCUGCCUACCCUAGCACUCACGGUCCCGCUGGCCUUCUCGAGGAUGGGAAGCAGAGGGUGCCUGCGGAUGAGGAUGCCCGAGCCGUCAAGUACAUCCAAGACUUGGCUCACCGCAGCGAUUGCGUCUUUGGUUUUGGCGAAGUCAAAUACAAACAACUCCUCCCUAUCGCUCCAUCUACGGACACUGGGCUAGGUGGCCUCUCUGCUGAUGAGGCUUCCGAGGACAACGGUCUGACGCUGGAGGCUGUUGUCGUGCUCUCCGAGGAGGCCUUGGUACUCUACGUCAAGGCUUUAACGCUUUUGGCCAAGGCCAUGGAUGUCGCAAACGCAUGGUGGGUACAGAAAACGCGUUCAGAGUCGACCGUGGCUCUGGAUCCUGCAAAGGAGAAUCUUAUUCUGCGAAUGAACUCGACAGUUCAAUGGGUUCGCGGGCGGUUCAAUGAGGUUCUCGAAAAGACCGAAAUUGUUCGUCUGAAACUCAUCGGGGCCCAGAAGCAGCUGCCCGAGGACCAUCCCAGCCAUCCUAGGAACCAGGGCGAGAGUUGCUCUUUGUCUACCUCGGCGGGUACCGAACAAGUCUACUUGACGCCUGGCAUUAGUGCUGAGAAGCUCAUGUACGAUCGCGCUCUGGAGAUGAGUAAGCGUGCUGCCAUUGACGAAAUUGCAAACGUUGAUCUCGAGGGUUGCGUAAUCUCUUACGUUACGGCUAUUUACAUGCUUGAGGCUGUGCUGGACAACGACGGUGAGACGGCUAAGGGACGGUCUCCCAGCACCAGUAAGAACACUGUGUCCCAGGACGACGUCACCAGCGAUCUGGAUAGCGACGACCAGCAAGUGGUCAAGAAGAUGAUUCACAUGAUAUCUUCCCGUUUGGCCAUGGUCAGGAAGAAGAUGGCGGCUAUUGCUGAGGCCUCGAGGUCUGAGCAGAGCCAGCAGCAGGUACGCAAGCGAAGUGGCGAUGUCACCCCGCGAAGUGUUCCAACACAUGCCUCCUAA